CUCGCCUCACUUUGUCCACUCUGCUUCCAAACGCAUCUUCUCCAGCCGCCAGCUGAAGCGAGCUAGGGACCACCCGGACCCUACUCAAUUUCUCACCAUUCAUUUGGAACUUCAUUUUUCGGCAAAAUCGAGCUGGAGACGUGCGCACUGCUGUUACGCAUGACGGGGACUGCAUAAAAAGACAUCUUAGGGUCGUAUACAAUUACUCUGUAGCGUUCUGUUAUAGCGUGUGGCUCGCUUUUGGGUUUUGUUUUGCACCUAAAAUAUUCAAACGGGUUAUACGCGCACGGAGCGUAGCUGCUAAUUUUGCAGGUGUCACGCAACAGGUGUAUUGCACACUCCUGCAUUGUGAGCAUCCCGUUAAAGGACACCGUAAAAUAGACUGGAAAUUGGUGGAAGAGAAUCAGGAGAGAGAGAGAGAGAGAGAGAGAGAGAGAGAGAGAGAGAGAGAGAGAGAGAGAGAGAGAGAGAGAGAGAGAGAGAGAGAGAGAGACCCCGUGGAGACAAACGAAGACCGUGUCGUGUUGUGAGAGAAGAGGAACAAGUGAGUGAGGGAGUGAGGGAGUGUUUUAAAGCCCACAGGAGGCAUGAUGUCCUACAUUAAGCAACCCCAUUACGCCGUGAACGGGUUAACUCUGUCCGGCCCGGGCAUGGAUCUGCUACACACCACCGCCGUUGGAUACCCCAAUUUCCACGCAGGUACUCCACGGAAACAACGUCGCGAGCGCACCACCUUUACGCGCGCACAGCUGGACAUCCUGGAGGCUCUGUUUGCCAAAACGCGCUAUCCAGACAUCUUCAUGAGGGAGGAGGUGGCCCUCAAGAUCAACUUGCCCGAGUCCAGAGUACAGGUAUGGUUCAAGAACCGCCGUGCCAAGUGCCGCCAACAGCAGCAGCAGAGUACAGGCCAAUCCAAACCGCGGCCUCCUAAAAAGAAGGCCUCCCCAAUUCGGGAGGCCAACGCUGAGGCCAGUGCCAACCCGGCCAACGGUCCCUACAGCCCGCCGCCUCCUCCUCCGGGCACUGCCAUCGCCCCCAGUUCCAGCUCUGCUAGCGCUACAGUGUCCAUAUGGAGUCCGGCCUCCAUCUCUCCGCUGCCAGACCCCCUGUCCGCCUCCAGCACCCCCUGCAUGCAGCGUACCAGCGCCUACCCCAUGACCUACACCCAGGCCCCGGCCUACAGCCAGAGCUACGCUGGCUCCUCCUCCUACUUCACUGGCCUGGACUGUAGUUCCUACUUGUCACCCAUGCACCCGCAGCUGUCGGGCACAGGAGGUGCCCUGAGCCCCAUCACCGCCUCCUCCAUGGGCGGGCCCCUCAGCCAGUCGCCCGCCUCGCUCUCUUCCCAAGGCUACACGGCCGCUUCGCUUGGCUUCGGAGCCGUCGACUGUCUAGAUUACAAGGACCAAGCUGCCUGGAAGCUCAAUUUCAACGCCACAGACUGUCUGGACUACAAAGACCAGAACUCCUGGAAGUUCCAGGUCUUGUAAAUAGCAUUAAGCAAGAGGUUGGGAAGCGAGGGGAUAUGGGAAGAAAUGUACAGUCAGUCAGAGUUGGGUGAAUGAUUAAAUCACUGUUGUUGAUUGUACAAGUUAAGCAAACAAACGGGGCUGGAAUAAUUUCUCUUUUUUUUCUGUUGAUGAUGGGCUCAAUUAUAAACUAUUGAAUAUUAACAAUAAUGAUCAUAAUGACUAAUAAUAAUAAUAGAGAAGAAAGUGAUACUGGUCCAUCCAAAUGGCGUAGGUUUUUGAUAAUAUUUGCUAAGUCAAGUCAAAAUUUAAAAAUAACACUAACACCACGAAUUAAGCUGUAGAAGCAAUCAGCUGUCAUGUCAAGCACAUAAAAAAAGACAUGUUCAAGGAAAGUGUAGUUAUAAUAGAAAUAUAAUCUUUAAAUAAUUAAAUUUUUAUAUGACAAUAUUUUGGGUUAAACUGACUUUUCAACAUGUGAUUUGUUAAAGACACAUGGCACAAAAACAGUGCUGAUUUAUUUUAUACCACCUAACCGCCUCAAUGGCUAAACUGUUUUGAGCAAAAUUAAUGACAAAUUAACACAGUGAGUUCUUUAUGUUUUCCUUCAAGAUGUGUCUUGUUGUAUUCACUGACAUUCACUUCUCCAAAUAAGACUGCUUUCCAUCAUUUGAAGCAUUGAACCCACCAGAUGAGCUUCCCCAAUGGGAACCUUUGAGAGGUGCAGAUCAAAAGGCCAUCCAAGCUGAUGAUUCCCCAGAAGCCUUGUUUGAUAUUGACCCUCUUCAGCCCGCGUGUGAUCCAAGUCAAGAGGAUUGAUCGAGUCCCCUGAAGUGACUGCAGUACAAACUUGUUGCCUUUGAGCAUGCUUGGGGUGAAUGGCUCAUGCAUUGUUAGUUUAAUAGGAUCAACUCUUGGGCAACAAUGGCCCCAUUGUGGCAAUUGGCACUCAACAAAAAGCCCCCCUCCUGCUCCUUUUCACGAGAGGUUGGCAGAAUUGAAGCAGUUCUGCUAAAUGACUGUAUUGUUAGAUUUUAUUUUUUUUCGAGACAUCUGAUGAGCAAAAAGACUGCACCAGGGAACGGGGAAGAAAGUGCCAAUGCACCUGCCCGCCCUUAGCACAGAGAGUUAGUUGUCUCUCAAAAUGUCCAUCCAACAUGUAAAAAAUGUGAUGGGUAUCAAUAUAUGUAUUUCAUGUAUCUUAUUUUGUAUUAGACUUCAAUAUUGCUGUUUCUUGAAACAUUUGUGGAGUUGUCAAAGUAAAAGUAAAGAUUGUUGUCAUUUGUUUUUGAAGUUGAUAUUAUCAGUAUAACUUACUGUGAUCAACAUCAAUGAUAUUAUUUCUUUAGCUGGCACGGCCAUUACUUAAAUACUUUUUUUUUUGUACAUAUUCAAUCCUGGAAAUGCAACCACGUCUCAUAUAUGCACUCCAAGCAAUGCAUCUCUCGCGCUUAAAUCUUAGUAAAAUGCCAACUUUUUUCUUUUAUUUUUCCUUUCGAUAUUUUUCUGCUUUUUGUCCAACUCAGGGUUUUGUCUGAUAAAAGUAGCAGUAAUAGGAACAAUGCUGGUAAUGCUUCUUAAUCUUAAUUUACUCUACUUAUGUCUUUUGCAUCAUUAUAUCAUUUCUGCUUUAUUUUUCUGAUAUGAAUGAUUGUUCUUCUUUUCUAUAUUUCAUUUGUCUCCUGUGUUUGUUUGACCAGUCAGCACCAGUAUCCUGCUAGAUAGCUUUAAUGUUUCAAAGACAUUAAACAACCUUGUGUAAA